AUGUCGUCAGAGUUUUGGUUAAUUUCUGUCCCUGGAGACAGGGAAAAUUUGGAGAUCCUGGAGCGGAUGAACAAUUUUACCGCCAAAUCCAAUCUGUCCCGCAAUACCAAUUUCCCUAUUCCCGAUUUCAAAGUGGGGACUUUAGAUUCUCUUGUUAUCCUUUCGGAUGAGUUGGGGAAACUUGAUCCACUUGCCGAAAGCCUAGUGAAGAGAAUGACUCAGUAUGUUUCAGAACUGACGGAAGCUAAGAAAGGUGAAGUUCAGGAGCACCUCUUGGCCAACGGAGUCACCUUAGCUUCCUUUGUGACCCACUUUGAAUGGGAUAUAGCCAAAUACCCUUCUAAACAGCCGUUGGGGGCUAUAGGGGACACAUUAGCGAAGCAACUGGCUCAAAUGGACACUGAUCUGCAAACCAAAAUCACAGCCUACAACAAACUGAAAAGGGAUCUGGAGAAUAUAGAAAAGAAAUUUUUGGGGAGCCUCUUUACUCGAACACUGUCAGAUCUUGUGAGCAAAGAGGAUUUUGUGUUAGAUUCCGAAUAUCUCAUCACCCUCCUGGUCAUUGUUCCAAAGGCAAGUUAUUCUCUGUGGCAGAAAACUUACGAAUCCCUGUCAGACAUGGUGGUCCCUCGCUCAACCAAACUGAUUGUUGAAGACAACGAGAGUGGCCUCUUCACGGUCACCAUGUUCCGAAAAGUGCUUGAUGAUUUCAAAGCCAAAGCCAAAGCCCACAAGUUUACCGUUCGAGACUUUUUUUACGAUGAAAAAGAAAUUCAAAUGGAAAGGGAAGAGCUGAUCAAGUUGCUUUUAGCAAAGAAACAACAACAUGAUAAUUCCCGGAGGGCUCGAAAAAAUCCAUCUAUCUCCUUCCUGGAUCAAGUUAUGAUGGCAGCCAGACUGGUCAAUCCCUUCAAAUAUCAAACAAAACAGAUCAAGAAAGCAGAAGAAAUUGAGAUUCAGACUGAGAGUGAGGGCUACUGGGAAAGUCCAUUUCUGUGUUGGCUCAAGGUGAACUUUGGUGAAGUGUUUGUCAUCUGGAUUCACAUAAAGGCCUUGAGAGUGUUUGUUGAAUCCGUGUUAAGGUAUGGCCUACCGGUGAGUUUUAAGGCAGUAUUGUUACAACCCCAGAAAAAGUCCCCAAAACGUCUGAGGGAGAUUGUCAACUCCGCUUUCAGGCAUGUGGAUGAGGUAGCAGCCAGUAUAAUGGAUUCAUCUCUGGAUAUGCCUGGAUUACAACUCAGUAACCAAGAUUACUUUCCUUAUGUUUACUUCAACAUUGGCCUUAAAUUUCUUGACUAA